AUGACACCAGAUCAAGGUACCCCUCUUAAAGAUCCUACUAUGUACAGAAGCAUUGUAGGAGCUCUACAAUACUUAACAUUCACUCGUCCAGACAUAGCAUAUGCAGUUAAUACUGUAUGUCAGUUCAUGACUAAGCCUACAGAUGUUCAUUAUGCUACUGUUAAAAGAAUCUUGAGAUAUUUGAAGGGAACAAUUCAUAAGGGCAUUUUUUAUAGUUCAACUGGUGCUUUGCAUAAUGCUGUGAAUGUUAAGGCUUUUUGUGAUGCCGAUUGGGCUGGUGAGGUGAUACAGAAACUCUCCACUACUGGUUUUGUUGUCUACAUUGAAUUGUGUCCUGUUUCUUGGCAAUUUAAGAAGCAAGGGACUGUAUCUAGAAGUUCUACUGAAUCUGAAUAUAGAAGUUUGGCCAAUACUGCAGCCGAGAUCAGUUGGAUUAGACAUCUCCUGUGUGAUUUGAAAAUUCAUAUUCCUUGUGCUCCUUUGCUUAAGUGUGACAAUUUAUCUGCUCUCCCAUUAGCAUCAAAUCAGUGUUCCACUCAAAGUUCAAGCACUUGGACAAUGAUUUUCAUUUUGUCCGAGAAAGGGUGCAACACAAUGAUCUUCGUCUUGAGUAUGUUUCCACCACAGAACAGAUUGCAGACAUAUUGA